AUGUCGUCUGAACAAUCAUCCCCAUUCACUGACCAAUCGCUUAGGAAUGCUCGGCAAUUUGCUGGGGGUUUUCAACAAUCAUCCAUAAGUUUCGAACAAAUAAAUACUGAAUUAGAACCAUCACCCAGGAGUGCCCAACAACCACCUACCAAUUUUCAACCAUUGCCGCGGAAUACUCUACCAUCACCUACUAGCUUUGAAUCAUUACCUUGGAGUGCUCAGCAAUCAACACUCAAUGCUCAGCCAUCACCUACUAGCUUUGAACCAUUGGCUUGGAAUUCCCAACAAGCACCUACCAAUUUUCAACCAUUACCACGAAAUACUCUACCAUCGCCUACUAGUUUUGAACCAUUGGCUUGGAAUUCCCAGCAAGCACCUACCAAUUUUCAACCAUUACCACGGAAUACUCUACCAUCGCCUACUAGUUUUGAACAAUUGGCUUGGAAUUCCCAGCAAGCACCUACCAAUUUUCAACCAUUACCACGAAAUACUCUACCAUCGCCUACUAGUUUUGAACCAUUGGCUUGGAAUUCCCAACAAGCACCUAUCAAUUUUCAACCAUUACCACGGAAUACUCUACCAUCGCCUACUAGUUUUGAACCAUUGGCUUGGAAUACCCAACAAGCACCUACCAAUUUUAAACAAUUACCACGGAAUACUCUACCAUCGCCUACUAGUUUUGAACCAUUGGCUUGGAAUUCCCAACAAGCACCUACCAAUUUUCAACCAUUACCACAGAAUACUCUACCAUCGCCUACUAGUUUUGAACAAUUAGCUUGGAAUUCCCAGCAAGCACCUACCAAUUUUCAACCAUUACCACGGAAUACUCUACCAUCGCCUACUAGUUUUGAACCAUGGGCUUGGAAUUCCCAACAAGCACCUACCAAUUUUCAACCAUUACCACGGAAUACCUUACCAUCACCUACUAGUUUUGAUUCAUCACUUUGCACUGCCCAGCAGCCACCUACCAAUUUUCAAACAUUGUCGCGGAAUGCUCAACAAUCGCGAAGUAACUUAAACAAAUUGUCAUGUAACGUAAAACAGCGACGUAGGAAAUUUGAAUGA